AUGGGUGUGAGAGAAGUGUACCAGCAGGAUGGCUACGGUACGACUGUAGCAAGUCCCCGGCAUGUUUCCGUCCUUCGCCAAGUGGUCAAUGUUCUGGGCUGCAUCGCCUCUCUACCAUUGUAUUGGUUCAUCACCGUCCACUGUCGGUGGCCAGUAACGCUUGACCUGAUCAUCACGAUCGGGUUGGCGGAGCUGAACCGCUAUAUCAAUGAGGGACGAAGACUGGCCUUCCUUGAUGAAGCAAGCUAUGACUCCGAGUCUGACAUCGAGGAGAAGAACCACCAUGAGAUCCAUGCUUUGCGAAUCGACGAGAAGUCUGCAUCUUCUGUGGAAUCUGGACCAGCGUCAUCUCGGUUAGAUUGCCUCGCUGCGAUCGUCGGUUGGCGGGAGGACCCGUCACUUUUCACUCGGGCCCUGGAGAGUUACAGGACGACUCAGAAUUGCGCAUUCGUCCUUGUUGGCAUUGACGGCAAUGAAGCUGAGGACAUGGACAUGGUCUUCCCCAAGCAAUCCCAUGUGAUCGAUGUCCCAGAGCCCCUAGGCGAAAUAGCUCAUCGGGUUCGAAACAGAGAGAUUGCCAAGCGCGAACGAAACGGCCAAAAGAUAAACUACACCGAAAUCGAUGAGAUCGCUGUUCGCCAGUGUAUCCAAAUAGCCCGCUCGUUGAUCUCUCAGGCCAAUCUGACGUUCAGUGGCCCUUACGGGACUCGCCAACUCUGUCUCCGACAACAACACAUGCACAAGAAAGGCAUCAUGUUCACCACCUUCAUUUUUGCUCUUGUAAUCUCUGAUAUCAUGGGAAUCGAAUUCCUUUGGAGUUCUGAUUCGGAUACGUUGGUGUUUGAUGACUCACUGAGCCGGACUGUUGAUGCUAUUGCUAUCGACCAAAGCAUCGGCGGAGCUAGUUCCGGUCUGGUGGUUCACAACGGUGAAGAGAGCCUUGUUACUCUCCUUGCUGAAACGGUCUACUGGGGCGAGCUAUAUUUGACCCGAUCAACCCCUGCCGCCACCGCAUCAAGCGACUGUCAGAGUGGACCCAGCACCAUCUUUCGACUGGCUGCUUUGCCACCUAUCCUACUCCCCUGGUAUACCCAGACCAUUAUGGGCAAGAGAAUGAUCAUCAAUGAAGAUCGCCACCUCACCACCAACCUCCUCAAGUCUGGAUGGGGUGUCGUUUUCGCAUCUGAUGUCCUCACAGCAACUGACACACCCGCCUCUCUCUCCCGUUGGCUUCGUCAACAGGUGCGGUGGGCACGGGCUACCCAUAUCGAGUCGUUACUGCAGCCCCGUGUAUACCUAAAGAGUCACCCUCUUCUCUUCCACGGCAUGGCCAAGCGCGAGUUUGGUCCGGUCCUUGCCGCGAUUGCAAUGAUUUACUAUUUCUUCACUGCCAGGCAACUCAUUGUGUUCUCUGCCACUGAUCUCUUCUUCCGCUGCAUCGUGGGGCUGGUGUACAACGUUCUACGCAACCCUCACCGCUUGAGAACCAGUUCGCUGAAAUGGGUUAUCCCCGGCAUUGUGUUCUACCAUAUUCCCCUGCCCGCCGUGCAUUUGUGGAGUAUGUUGACUCUGACAGCGGAUGGUUGGGGCACCAGCAUGCGCGCAAACAGCGAGCAGGCAAAGAAGGAUAGCACCUGGCAGGCGUGGUGGGAAAACGGCUUCUUCGUGAUCUGGAUGGGUGUCGUUGCUGGGUCGGCCGCAAGGUGGAUGAUGACGAAUGUGAUGCAUGAUCUCAGUCAUUCUGUGUCUGUGCUGGUGUUUUUUGGCAGCAUAACAGUUGCCGGGCUGCUUGCAUGGAAAGCGACUAUCGCAUCCUCCUGA